ACGAGAUCAGCGAUCAGACUCUCAGGGAAAACUGGCGAUGUUGGAUGUCAUCGAUCGAGCUUGUAGUUGAUUACAGAGGCUCUGUUUCAGGAAGGAAGGCGUUAUAUUGAAGGAUUUCGCUUAUCUACUCGAAUGGGCGUUUCUUUAACGCAGGGGAGGGGGUUUGGUCUGUGCUGUAGACUGUAUUUAUUAUUGAUCUGACCGGGUAUUUUACUGCAGUAGUACUAACCGUGUGCUUGUAGCUCUCCUGGUCUUACAUAUCUGUAAGUAUGUAAGUACACGACGUUUCCGCUUUGUGUUUGAUUAUUUUUGUGUCGGUUUAAACGCUGCUCAUGGAUUAGUGUAACUCGGGGACUGAUUUAGCAGCUGCGCUUUGCCACUUAGCAGGCAGCAACCUGGCACUGUGGGCACUCUGAGGGGAAAAAAUGCCGUCUUCGGAGGAAGGUUUAUCCGGAGGUGACGUGGUUACUGUAAAACAUGAGCUUAAAAACGCAAACCUGACUGGUCAUGUGGAACGUGUAGGCAUUGAGAAUUUCGAGCUGCUGAAGGUUCUGGGGACAGGAGCGUAUGGAAAAGUGUUCUUGGUGCGCAAAGUGAGCGGACACGACUCAGGCAAGCUGUACGCCAUGAAGGUGCUGAAGAAAGCCACCAUCGUGCAGAAGGCAAAGACAGCCGAGCACACGCGUACAGAGAGGCAGGUGCUGGAGCAUAUCAGACAGUCUCCGUUCCUUGUUACCCUGCACUACGCCUUCCAGACAGACACCAAGCUUCACCUCAUUUUAGACUAUGUGAAUGGGGGAGAGCUCUUCACACACUUGGUACAAAGGGUCCAUUUCAAAGAGCAAGAGGUCGCUUUGUAUAGCGGCGAAAUCGUACUGGCACUGGAGCACUUGCAUCAGCUAGGGGUUGUCUACAGAGACUUAAAACUGGAGAACAUUCUUCUGGACUCAAUUGGUCAUAUUGUCCUGACAGACUUUGGACUUAGCAAAGAAUUUGAUGAGGUCGAGAGGGCUUACUCCAUGUGUGGUACGAUUGAAUACAUGGCCCCUGAGAUUGUAGAAGGUGGAGAAUCUGGACAUGACAAGGCAGUGGACUGGUGGAGUCUGGGGGUGCUGAUGUAUGAGCUCAUGACUGGUGGCUCUCCUUUCACUGUGGAUGGCGACGAGAACUCGCACUCAGAUAUAGCGAAGAGAAUUCUGAAGAAGGAUCCUCCAUACCCCAAGGACAUGGGGCCUCUCGCCAAAGACAUCAUUCAACGACUCCUCAUUAAAGACCCAAAAAAACGGCUAGGCUCUGGUCCCUCAGGGGCUCAGAAUGUAAAGAGCCACCCAUUUUACCAGAAAAUGAACUGGGAGGAUCUGGCUGCCAAGAAGGUCCCAGCUCCUUUUAAGCCGGUCAUAAGGGAUGAACUAGACGUGAGAAACUUUGCGGAAGAGUUCACGGAGAUGGAUCCUACUUACUCCCCGGCUGCACUGCCUCAGAACUGUGACCGCAUUUUCCAGGGAUACUCCUUCAUAGCUCCCUCUAUCCUGUUCAAGAGGAAUGUGGUGAUGGAUGACCCAGUUCAGCUGUGUGGUGGCUUGGAGAGGCCUGGACCUGCUGCAGUUGCACGCAGCGUCAUGAUGAAGGACUCCCCUUUCUAUAUGAACUAUGAGAUGGACCUGAAGGAGAGAGCACUAGGGGAGGGAAGCUUCUCUAUCUGCAGGCAGUGCACACACAAGAAGAGUGGGCAGAAAUAUGCAGUAAAGAUUGUCAGUAAAAGAAUGGAGGCACAGACACAGAAAGAGAUAGCUGCUCUCAAACUAUGUGAUGGACACCCCAACAUCGUCAAGCUUCAUGAGAUUUACCAUGAUCAGCUGCACACAUAUCUGGUUCUAGAGCUGUUGCGUGGUGGCGAGCUCCUGGAGCGGAUCCGGAGGAAGCAACACUUCAGUGAGACAGAGGCAAGCCGGAUCAUGCGGAGGCUGGUGUCUGCUGUGAGCCACAUGCACGACGUAGGUGUGGUUCAUCGAGACCUUAAACCAGAGAACCUGCUAUUCACUGAUGAAAGUGAGAACUCAGAAAUCAAAAUAAUCGACUUUGGCUUUGCUCGGCUCAAGCCUCCUGAUAACCAGCUUCUGAAGACGCCCUGCUUCACCCUACAGUACGCCGCCCCCGAGAUCCUCAAGUACGGCGGUUACGAUGAGUCUUGUGACCUCUGGAGUCUGGGGGUCAUACUGUACACCAUGCUAUCUGGCCAGGUGCCCUUUCAGUGUCAGGGGAAGAGCUUAACACACACAAGUGCAGAGGAGAUCAUGAAGAAAAUCAAACAAGGAGACUUCUCUUUCCAGGGUGAGGCUUGGAAGAAUGUGUCCCAGCAGGCCAAGGAGCUCAUUCAGGAGCUCCUGACGGUAGACCCUAACAAGAGGAUAAAGAUGUGUGAGCUGCGCUAUAACACGUGGCUGCAGGACGACAGCCAGCUCUCAUCCAACCCCCUCAUGACGCCUGACAUUCUGGGUCUGUCUACCGCCUCUGUAAACACCUGCGUUAAAGCCACCUUCAAUGCCUUCAAUAAGUGUAAGCGUGAGGGUUUCCGACUGCAGACGGUGGAUAAGGCUCCUCUAGCCAAGCGCAGGAAGAUGAAAAAGACCAGCACAAGUACGGAGACACGUAGCAGCUCCAGCGAGAGCACACACUCAUCCUCGUCUUCUUCCCAGUCUCAGGAGAAGACUCCUCUUCAGCUGUCUGUCAGCACGCCCCUUACUCUGGGCCCUGAUGACGAUGAGCCCUCUCAGAGCGAGCCACAGCCUGCUUUCAGCUUCUCCGAGUGAACCGUCUCGUCCUCUCUGUCCAUGUUCCUCUACGUUAGUCAGGUCUCCCUUUAUCACAGAUGCAGAGCAUGCAAGCAGGAGCGCCAGAGCCGAAAUCACCACCCGAGCCCUUCACUAGCAAUAGAUAUGUGGAGCAGGGUAGUACAUUGUGAUGGAGUUUGAGGAAAAAGGCCUGAUCCCUUUAUGAUCCACUGAUUUCUGGACUGGACCAGACUUAAUCCCACACUCCUGAUCCAAGUGGCCAGGCAUCCAUAUCUGCUGUAUGUUACGCACACAUAUAAGCUGAGUGUCACUCAGAGAAGCAUGACAUCAUGCAGUAACUGGAACAAAUGCUCCAGUAACUGUGCUGUCUCACUGCUUUAGGCAAAAAAAAAGGAAGAAAGGGAUAUUUGCUUCAUUCUAAAAAAGAUAAAGUUUAUAUGAUAAGUUUAGAUGUUAAAUUAUUCUUACGGCCCUAUGGUCAAGUGUGUUAUUUUUGGUGGAUGUCCUUAUAAAUCAAGUUGUGAAGUGUGUUGUUACUGACUACAUCGGGUCAGAAGUAUGCGAUACCGAACUUGUUUGAUUUUCAUGCAGGCUUCUUCCGAUCCGAGUUUCAUUGUGAAGUAGCAGAGAUUUGUUUACGUGUAUUCAAACAAGUCUUUUUUUUUAAGUCGUCAAAGAAGAUUAUAUAACAGAGUGUUCCAUAUUUAUUAUUUUAUGCAGUAAAUGGGUUAUUAUGGGAGUUAAAAGGAUUGUUUUAUAUGUAAACGUAAAUGUUAAAAAUAUAACAAAGUCCUAACACACAGAGCUAGAAAAGAAAAUGAGGUCAAACAAAGUUUCUCUAAUUCCAGUAGUGAUGGAUUUAUUCUGAGAGAGUUGGAUUUUAGUGAUAGAUUUUAUUCUGGGAGGUUUUUUUACCUGAUAACCAGGAUAAAGCAGGCGAUUAUAUAAAAGUUUUAUGCUCCACAUAUUGAGCUAAAGAAGAGAAAGAUUCUCCUGCAUAUUUAUAAAUAUGUUGUUCAUGUCCUAAUUUCGACAAAUUUGCAGAGUAAGCAGAAAAAAAGGUAGCAACAGGGUGUGUACGUGUCAAGGUUAGGCCCAGUUGCCUCAUCAUAUUAUGUCUUUGUACAGAUGGUUGAACGUUUUGUUGUACUUUCUGUGCUAGGUGUACAGUGGUAAGUUAACCAAGUUCAACGUUUCCCGUUGUAGUAGAUUUCAUUGCUGAAGGCACGUCAGCAUGCCAUGAGCUUACGAGACUGUCCUGAUGAAAUGCUUGAUAUAAUAGCAUUCUCUGUUCUACUAUUGGAAGCACUACAAAGGCUUUCAACCGAUAAGGCACUAGACUCAACGUUGCAGUUGACCUGCUAUGCAAAAAUAGCCACAUUUCUUCCUUCAGCAUGACUUUUGUGUUUUGCCCUUGUCUGAUAGGGACCAUUAUGCAUUAUAAACAAGUGAGCAAAAAAAAAAAAAAAAAAAUCAUUAUGCCUCAUAAGACCUCUUUAAAACCAAUUAGCCUGUGUAUUAACAGUCUCCUUCAGUAGGAGUUCACAUAUUCUUUACCUCUUUAUCUUUACAUUGAAACAAGUGGUGACAUCCACAAGCUGAAACACUGAGGGCUUGUAUAGAGUGUACAGUAAACACACAAACAUGUAUGCAGAUACACUGGUGCUCCUGCUUCUGCCUACGUGACAGAGCAACAGAUGAGCAAUAAGAGCAUCCUGAGCUCAGCUCACUUUCCAGUAUCAAAGGCCUGCACGUGGCUUUUUCCAUCUCCACUUUGUGCCAAACCCCCACAGCUCCCUCAUUCCUGCUCUGCUCUUUUUGUUUUGGGAUAUUAAUAGAACAGGAAAGAGUGUGUGUGUCCUACAUUGAACUCCGCUUGGGGGGGUGGAGGCCUUAUUAGUUGCUUUACUGUGGUGCUGUUUGUCCUCUGGGAGAUUAAGCAGCCCAGCUCAGAGUCCUAGUAUCCAGGCAGUGAGACAGGUGCACUGGAACACAGAGAGGAAAAACGGGGUCAGCACUUUACAGCAUUAGGAAGAGGCUGAGAAUUUGGCUUUGAUGAAUAUGCGCCAGAGCUAUUCAGACUCCAAGGCAAGACCUAUCCUUGUGCUUCAGGCAGAUAGGUCAGCACUGUGUUCUACCGUUCCAUUGAUCUCUAAAGCACUUGUGUUUUGUGUCAGCCAAUGCCAGCAGCAGAUUUUCAGAGUUCUAAAGAGCUCUCUAGUCUGGCUGGCUGCGUGAGGGUUUCAUGUAUAUUCUAGAGAGUAUCUUUUACCAUUUUCUGAGGUAGAGAGAACACAUAUCGUAACAGCAUGCUCUUGAAAAGAGUCCAUUCCUUUGAUCUGAGCACUCCUUCAUCACAAGUUAUUGUUGGCCUACUUUAAUGCUCUCAGGAGCUGGUUAAUUGUGUGGCCCUUUUUCCUGCUAUCGUAGCAGAGGGCCCAGUGUGAGUACAUAUCUCUCUGUGCCGCCAGCGAUCAGACUAUCGGCUCACUCUUUCAUCUGAUGGCACAAUUCUCCAUGAUGAUUUGAGCUUCGACAUAUCCUUUAUGAAUGAUAUCUCGCACAACAUAGGCUCUGUGACCUGAUUUUGAGAGGAUGGUGGCUGUAAAAUAUCUGUUUUGUGUUUCUAAUGUUUAAUAAUUGGAGGGUUGUUUUGUAAUGUUGUGUUCAGUAGAAGAAUGUUGUUAUGGUUAAAAAAAAAAAAAGAA